UUUUUUUAUACGCGAGGAGAAUUUAAUUAGUUGUAUUCUUUCUUGCAAGCGAAAUCGAAGAAAAGCAAUGGCGAGGCGAUCACAUCUGACGGAGAUCGGGUGCAUCGCCUGCGACGAGCUGUCGGAAGUCGGCGCAGGCGAGAGAGAGGGGUGGCUCGAUGAUCCCUCCCUCCUCGCCGCUCUCCACCACCACUCCCUCGCUCUUGCCUCCGCCACUCGCCCGAUUGCCCUAGUCCUUGGUUGGGACCACUAUCAUCGAUUCUCCUCCUCCGCUGUCCGAGACCCAAUCAAGAUUCACCCGGUGUUGUCUCCAUACGAAGGCCGUAUUACCGCCCUCGAGUGGCUUCCCUUCGGUGACGUCCUCGCUCUAGCACUCGGCACCUCUGCCGGACUCCUCCUCAUCUACUCUGUUGGAGGCGAUCUGAUCCACAAGCAGCUUGUUCAUACUGGGCAUAUAUUGAGGCUUAGAUUUCGCCAAACUGCAAAAGCAGAUGGAAUUGGAGAAGCUUCCAUUUCUGAGGAACUUUGUGUGGUAUUGCCUGGCGUGGUUGCCCGCUUUGAUGGUUCUGAUAUACGGAGUUUACUUCAUACAUGGUUUCAAAAGUCCGAAACAGGAAUGUGGGAGAAUAGGCUUAAUAAAUUGGAGUCAGAGGAUGAUGAGACUUCAUAUGGGAGGAUACCUUUUCAGGUUUGGAAUGUUGGCAAGUUUGGAAGUUGUGUUGAUGCAGCUAUCACAAGCAUAAUGCCACCGCCACUCUUGGAGCUCCAGUCAAGUCAGCGUUUCUAUUGUGCGAUUACCAUUGGGAAUGAUUCUGUGAUUUCUGCAUAUAGGCUUUCAGAGGAUAGGAGUAGAUCUUUAGUUGGAACAAUCCUCUCAAAGGUUGUCCCUGUUACAUUCUCAACCAUUGCAUCAUUUUCAAAAUUGAUAUGGCGAAAUGAGUCUAAUGCAACAAGGAAGUCCCGCCCAACACCUCAGUCAUUUGCUAAAGCAUCUCCUCUAACUUGUCUUAAAGAUACCCGAAGGAAGGGAGAGAAACUCACAUUGUCUCCAAGUGGUACCUUGGCUGCAAUAACAGAUUUUAUAUAUGAGCAAAGUCAUGCAUGCCCCUGGGUGACCUGGCUGCCUGCGUGCAUGACAAACCUUCCAAUCUGCCCACGCUCGUCGACGUCUCCAGCAGUCGACGAGUGGCGAACUCUCGGAUGCUGCUUCCCAAUCCCCAAUGCAUGCUGCGUGCUUUAUCCGACUGGCUUCCUUCCCCUCGCUCCGUAUCCCUGUUUGGUUUCCUGCCAAUUUACACUCCUCGCCUACUUUAAUCAAUCAAACAACUGUACUGCCUUACCUAUUAUAUCUCCAUCUCCGCCCUAUGCAAUUCAAACUGAUCAUGAAUGUGGCAUCUCACAACACAGAUAG